UCUUUUAGGUUCCAACCUCCUUUUAAGGCUAUAACGGUAUCUAGUAGUCAGAAUAUUCUCAACAUAAAUGGGGAGGUAAGAGGACCAGUUGAUCACGAUAUUCUGCUUCAUCACUUCUUAUCUGAAUCUGAUCACUAACAGAAGACAUGUCAGGCAGCUCUGUGUAGUAUGUGCACGUUUGCUGUAGUAUAAAGUUUAGAGUUUAGUGUGAGCUGCAGACUGGGUCCCCAGAGGCUGAACACUGAGGAGACAUGCAGGCUGUGAUCGGACUGUUGGUGAUGGUGCUCGGAGCCUCUUACGGUCUGGAAACCCACUGUGACGGCAGACAGGAUGGAGCUCACUGCUUCGGUCCUUUGGGAGGAACUGUGGUCUUCCAACUGAUGGACAGGGCCUUAGAAACACAAAGAUACCAAUUUUACAAAUCGUCAAACAAAACAACAAUAAUACUUACUGUGAUAAACAAUACGAUUGUGCAUAAUGGGAUAAAAAGCAGAUCCUCAUUUAAUCCAAGUAAUGGAACAUUUAGGGUGAACAACCUCAGCAGGACUGACAGUGAUGAAUAUCCUUUUGAAAUCAGUGACGGCAUAAAUAUCAAAGAGAAUCGGGCUCUACGACUGACCAUUCAAGCUCCUGUGUCCUCUGUCCGGCUGGCCUCUGAGUGUCUGUCCCAGGGAGAGAAGAGGGUCUCCUGCUCCUCUGGGGGAGGGGACAGUCCUCAGUACAGCUGGACUCUGGAUGAACGCUCACUGACAGACACUGAGCUCCAAUCUGUAAAUACUGAGACUAACAGCAUCACUCUGAGACAACACGUCUCAGGAGCAUUGGCCUGCUCCGUCAGGAAUAACGUCAGCAAGGUCUCUCAAGGAGAGGAGAUCUCUAACUGUGGCUUCAUAUUCAUUAACUGCACCUCAAAUGGGACACAGAUAUCACAGUGGGUGUUUGCAGCCAACAAUACGCUGUGUGUUGAACCAACAACAUCAUCUCCUACCACCAUCCCAGAUUCCUCCACUGCGGAAAAAUGGCCAAUAAUGGCCGGUGUUCUCUCUGCACUGGUUCUUCUGUUGGUGGUCGGGGUGGCUGUCGUCUGUGCUCAGAGAAAAAAAAGAAGCAACCAGCCCAAUGAUGAAGAUGAACAGGAGUUGACCUAUGCUGUUGUCAAGAUCAAGCAGCGGUCGGGGCGGCAGGUCCAGCAGAGGGCCGAGCCGGAGGUGGAGUACGGCCAGGUCAAGUUCUCAGAGCGACCUCGGCUGACGGCUGAUCCCGCAGGAGAGGAAUGUGUGUACGCCAAGGUGCGAAGAGGCAGGUGAUUCCCAGAGUUCAUUCAUUUGACAAAGACUGCACCGAUGUAUUAAAAAACAAAAUCCUGCAAUAAUAAUCCUUAUAAUAUUAAUAAUGAUAUUCCUUUAUUUCUUCAGAAUAAAUAAAUGAUACACCUAAUGAUGUUUUGACAAGAUACAGGUCAACAUUUUGCUGUGAUGUGUUUCUCUUGUACAGUCUAUAGGGACCUCCGCCAGAAGCCUGUUUAAAGUUGAAAUACAUUCAUAGGAUGCGGGUUCUUUUAAUGUAAAUACACAUUUUAUUUUCAUUCAUAGAUAUUAUUAUUAUUGUUAUGCUUCUGUGGUUUAUUUAAAAUUCCUUGUUUGAUUUCAAAAGCAUUUUAAUUGUGGUUUUAGAUAACAUUAUCCAAUAUUGCAACAAUCUUUGCGUUAUGUUUAUGCUUGUUUCUAAUUCAUGAGCAUGUUCACUUUUUUAAUACAUUGUUGACCAACUGUACAUUUAAAAUAAUACUAAUAUAAUUUUGCCUUUACAAUGCAUUUAGUUAUAUAACCCUGCAAUAAGUGGCAGGCAAGCGCACCGCUCGGAAUAACCACUUCCUCAUUUGCACACAUUAUGGCAAUGACUCCUCAUUUUUGCUGAAAAACUGUCUUUCUCGAAGGAAGAAAGAACAUUUGUCAUCAAUAAAUGAUUACAUUACAUCUUAUCGAGCUGUGUGUU